AUGGCUACUGCUUACACUAGAUGGAUACAUCAUGGAGAACCAUUGGAGGUUGUACCACAUGAAAUUGAUGACCAUGUUGAUGAGGAUACUAGUCUCAAUGAGGAUUUUGACAUGAAUGUGGAUGAGGAAGAUGACACUGAUGAUGGAAUUCAUGGUAUGGUAGAGGAGUUGUACACAGCUGAAGAAGAAGGUCAAGGGAAAAAGUCUAUGUUUGCAAUUCUAUUGGAAGAGAUGAAACAAGAACUGUACCCUGGUGGUCCUUGCACAAGGUUUUCUUUUGUGGUGAAGUUACUUCAUAUCAAGUCAUUUUACCGAAUUUCUAAUGUUGCAUUCACAGUGUUGCUGAAGUUGUUGUCAUCAUCAUUCCCAAAUUGCUCUAUUCCUGCAUCAAACGAGGAAGCAAAGCGACUUAUCUGUGCAUUGGGGCUUGGAUAUAAUUCAAUCCAUGUGUGCCCAAAUAAUUGUGUUCUAUUUAGGAAGAAUUUAGAAAAAAAUGAUGUUUGUCCGGUUUGUGGUGCAUCAAGAUGGAAAGACAAUGGUGGAAGGAAGAAGAUUCCUGAGAAGGUUUUGCGACAUUUUCCAUUGAUUCCUAGGCUGAAGAGAAUUUUUUCUUCCAAAAGAACGGCAGAGGAGGUGCAAUGGCAUAAGUUGAAGAGGAAGCCAGUGGAGAAUGAGCUCAGGCAUCCAGCUGAUGGCGAGUCAUGGAAAAACUUUGACAGAAAGUAUGGGUGGUUUGCAGAAGAUGCAAGGAACAUCAGACUUGGCCUUGCUAUUGAUGGUUUCAAUCCAUUUGGUAAAAUGAGCUCCUCGUAUAGCAUGUGGCCAGUGUUUCUUAUCCCGUACAAUUUUCCUCCAUGGGAAUGUGUAGAGCAAUCAAACUUUAUCAUGGGCCUGCUUAUCCCUGGUCGAGAAUGCCCAGGAAAGGACAUUGAUGUUUUCUUGGAGCCACUUAUUGAGGAGCUGCUAGAGCUUUGGAAAGGUGUCCCUACUGUUGAUGCACUUACUAAGAAGAAGUUUGAUCUACAUGCUGCUAUAAUAUGGUGCAUUCAUGAUUAUCCUGGUUUGAGCACAUUGUCAGGUAGAGUCACAAGAGGUUAUUAUGCAUGUGUGCAUUGUGAUAAAAACCCUUGCUCCAAAAGGAUAAGGAAUAUGAUAUGUUACAUUGGCCAUCGGCGUUUCCUUGCUAGGGACCAUCCAUGGAGGAGAAGCAAGGUGUUUGAUGGUAAUGUUGAAAACCGUGAGAAGCCAGAGAAAUUUACCACGGAUGAGCUGAUGGAGCAACUGGAGAGGGUCAAGGAUGUUAGACCAGGAAAGCAUCCUGAAAGCAAAAAAAGAAAGUGGGACGAAGAGGGCCAAUGUUGGAAGCGAAGGUCAUGUUUGUGGGAUUUGCCGUAUUGGUCGAGUUUGAAGCUGCGGCAUAAUCUUGAUGUGAUGCACAUUGAGAAAAAUAUAUGUGAGUACAUCCUUGGUACAUUUCUAGGCAUGGCUGGGAAGUCAAAGUACAGUACAAAUUCUAGGCUUGAUUUGGAAGAUAUGGGUAUUAGGAAGCAUUUACACUUGAUCCGUGAUGGAGAUUCAUAUAGUUCUCCUCAUGCCCCUUACACAAUGACUAAAACACAGAAGGCUGAUUUUUAUGAUUUUUUGAAGAGUGUAACAUUUCCAGAUGGAUAUGCUUCCAACUUAGCAACAUGUGUUACUGCAGAUGGAUGCAACCUCCAAGGAUUGAAAACUCAUGAUUGUCAUAUUCUUCUUCAAAGGAUUAUACCUGCUGCUGUACGAGGAAUCAUGCCCAAGGACAUAAACGAAGCACUUGCUGAAUUAGGUAAUUUUUUUCAGCAACUAUGUGCAAAAACUUUGAACUUAGAUGUGCUGGAAAGAUUGAAAGCUAACAUCCCAAUCAUUCUGUGCAAGCUUGAGAAAAUAUUUCCUCCUUCUUUCUUUGAUGUGAUGCUACACCUGGCUGUCCAUUUACCUGAAGAGGCAAUUUUUAGAGGUCCAGUACAAUAUGGAUGGAUGUACCCAAUAGAAAGAAGGUUAUUAACAUUGAAACGGUUUGUGAGGAACAUGGCAAGGCCUGAAGGGUCCAUUGCAGAAGCAUAUGUUGCUGCUGAGUGUUUGACUAUUUGCUCGAAGUACUUUGGUGAUGAUGUUGAGACACGACACAAUCGGGAGGGCAGAAAUAGAGAGCGUGUUGCUAUUGUGAAAAAAGACCUAUCUGUUUUCCAGCAUGGAGUUGAUCUUCUUGGAGCACCAAGUCUUACAUAUCUUGAACAUGAUUGUGAAAAAAUGGUUUGGUUCGUGCUAAACAAUUGUCUGGAGGUUGAGCCAUAUAUUGAGAUAUAUAAGAAAGAGUUGGAGAAUGAAGGAUGUCCUAAUGUUCAAAAAACCCUUGAGAAGCAAUUUUCUCGCUGGUUUAAGAAGCACAUUACAAAACUUCGUUACGUGGAUAGACAAGACAUAAAUGAUGAGCUAUUUGCGCUGUCAUGUGAGCCUGAUCUGCGAGAAAUUGACUUCUAUGGUUCCUUGAAAGAAAUAAUUGAGCUUAGAUACAAUGCAGAUUCAAGUGGCGAUAGGACGGUGGUUCUAUUUCGAUGUGAUUGGUUUGACACUCAUGGAAAGAAGUUCCGAAUGAAGGAAGAUGGGUUCUUCAAAAGCAUAAACCAUGGCAGCUUGUGGUACAAAGAUGAUCCAUUUAUUCUAGCAACACAAGCAACAAAGGUAUUUUAUUUGUUAGACACCAAGUAUCAUGAGAAAUGGCGAGUUGUUCAAAAAUUUUCACAUAGACACUUGUGGAGUGUGGCUGAAAAUGACAAUGAGGAUAUACCCAAUGCUGUGGUAUUGUCCUACCAAGACGAUGAUUGUGAAGGUGUGCAUGUUCAACUUACUGAAGGAUGUCUAGAAAAUGACCAGCCAGUUAGUGAAGGUGGUUUUCGUGUUGAUGCUAGUGUAGUUGAUGACCUCCGUAUACAAAGAGAAGCGGAAGGGCAACAAGAUGAGUCGGGCGACAGUGAAGAUGAAACUGGAUGGCAAUAUCUGCAGCUGCUGUGUUGCUCCUGCUGCUGUGUUGCCGUGCUGCUGUGCUGCAGCUGCUGUGUUGCUGAUGCUGUUUUGCUGCUGAAAUUGCUGAUACAGCUAUUUUGCUGCAGCUGCUGCUGUUUUGUGGCUGUUGCUAUUUUGCUGCUACAGAUGCAGCUGAUGCUGUAUGAUGCUCUAAUAAUAUAG